GGAGCCACGUCGGAUCCUCUCCCCUUCAUUCAGAUGGUGCACUACAUCUCCACCACCUCUCUCUGCAGUAACCAAGCUGUGCGAAUGCUGGAAUGUAAGGAGAAGCCCACGCCAGACAUGUUUGGAGAGCUUCUCCGCAACGCCAGCACCAUGGGCGACCUGCGAAACUGUCCGAGUAACUGUGGCGAGGUGUUGCGGAUUCGGCGGGUUCUGAUGAACUGCCCGGAGAUCAUCAGCAUUGGCCUGGUGUGGGACUCAGAUCACUCUGAUCUAGCUGAAGAUGUCAUCCACAGCCUGGGCACGUGCCUGCGGUUGGGUGAUCUGUUCUACCGUGUGACGGAUGAGCGGGCCAAGCAAUCGGAGCUCUACCUUGUGGGCAUGGUUUGCUACUACGGCAAGCAUUACUCCACCUUCUUCUUCCAGACCAAGAUACGCAAGUGGAUGUACUUCGAUGACGCACAUGUGAAGGAGAUUGGACCCAAGUGGAAAGAUGUGGUAUCAAGAUGUAUAAAAGGCCACUACCAGCCACUCCUGCUGCUGUACGCUGACCCCCGAGGGACGCCCGUGUCAUCGCAGGACAUGCUGGCAGCACAGCUGGACCUGCACCACAGCAGUAAGGCCGGCUAUGACAGUGAAGACUCCGGGAGGGAGCCCUCAAUUUCAAGUGACACACGCACAGACUCUUCCACAGACAGCUACAGCUACAAGCACUCUCGAUCACACCAUGAGUCCAUGGCCUCCCAUUUCUCUUCUGACUCUCAGGGAACUGUGGUGGGUAAUCAGGACAGCAGCGGUUCCCAGAACAGCAUGGACACUGCUGGGGAGGUUCUUAAAGACCAGGCCACUCCCCUUUGUACACCGAGGCCCUCUUCUACUGGCCAUCUGCAGAACUAUAAAGAGACUAUGAAUAUGAUCCACAGCAGACCCCUCUCAUCAUCCUCUAGCUCAGGGGUGGGCGGCUCGGAGGCUGGGGCGCGGGCAAGAGAUUGGGAAGACGAGAGCACCAGCAGUGAGUCCAAGUCCAGCUCCAGUGGAGGGCGCUAUCGGCCCACAUGGAGACCCAGAAGAGAGGCCCUGAACAUUGAUAGUAUCUUUAGCCGGGAAAAGCAUCGGCCGGCCGGCUACGCCACGAUUGGACCUUCCCCGCUUCCAGAAGACCCGAAGUCACCAGGGCACAGUGAUCUGGUCUCAGGGGCUGCUGUGGAGGGGUCCAACAUUGCAGCAGCAGAGACGUGGGGCAUGACUGAUGGCUCAGGGUGUAUGCCAGAAAUGGGAGUGGAGCAUCUACUGAUCCCGCCACCUUUAAGAGGUGUGGAACAGCAGCCUCGGCUGAUCCAGAGGAUGGAGAGUGGCUACGAAAGUAGUGAGAGGAACAGCAACAGCCCCAUCAGCAUGGACAUUCCCCUCAGCGACAACCCCAGCACCAGUGCUCACAGGGACAGCAGCAGUAAGAGACCUGUGACUUCUGGGCCCUCCUGGCGCACAGUGCCCAAGUCCAAAAGCAGCAGUGCCAUCCUGCAAGACCUCAAAUCACCCACCUGGAGCAGCAGUCCACUGAGUUUGGGAGUGGGGCGCAGUGAACUAGAUGAAUUGCAAGAGGAAGUUGCUCGCAGGGCUAGGCAGCAGGAGCUCCAGAGGAAGAAGGAGAAGGAGAGAGAAGCAGCACAGGGCUUCAACCCCAGACCCAGCAAGUUCAUAGACCUGGACGAACUUCAGCACCAGGGGAAGGGGGGCAGUUUUGAGCACUGCCUGGCGGAGGCUGACUCUCUCUUAGAGCAGUCGCUGUGCCUGGAGCAAGCAGGGGAUACAGCUACAGCCCUGGCGCUCUCCCACCACGCUGUGUCUAAACUAAGAUUUUCCAUGCAUGAGGGCAGUGCUAACACUCAUAGCAGGACUAUGGCUGCUGACGCCAAGCUGCAAAAAUGCAUGAGGAGAGCGCGGGGCCUACAGCAGCGCAUGCAGCAACAGCAAGAGCAGCAGCAGGAGCCCAGCCGCCCACAGGGGCCCACCAGUGAACAGCUUGGCCCGGUCCAAGUAUUGUUGACAGACAAUCAGGAAGAGGUCUUUGAGACCAAUCAGGGUUCUGUGCUUGGCCCAACCUUUCCUCAACACAUGAAAUCACCCUCUUGUACAAACUCCCCAUCUCAGCCCUCUAGCCGCCCAUCGCUUAAUCCCCGGCCUGCCUCUUCUCAGCCACAGCCCCAAGAGCGUGAUGAACGCAGCAAUUGGUCAACCCAGAAUGAGGACGAAUGGGGUGGCAUCAGAUUAUCAGAUGUUCUCCCAGCAUCAGGCAUUCGGAUCAUGCCCAUACGCAAGCAUCUUGCCAUAUCUCUACCCUCUUUGCCCCUUGACUUCUGGGGUGUAUUGGGAGAGGACGAAGAGGUCUCCAGCUGUCAGCACCCUCAAUCUCCAAAUCCUCCUUUGUGGCAGGGCACUGCAGAUAGUGCGGACAGGAUACUCCAAUCCAGCAACCCCAGUCCACCACCCGACCCUGUUGAGGAGAAGGGGCCAGUGCCCCGGCGAGCCCCCAUAUGGCAGACCCUGUGUGCAACUUCCCAGCCCUGCACCAAAUUGACCCCUCCUGUUGCUGCCCGUCAUUGGUCCUCUUGGAGCCUAGACCGUCCAGAUGCUGUUGUCAACCCCUACAACACACCUCCUGAACAGAACCAGCGGACAGGACCUGCCCUCUCUCAACACACACCUGGAAGACACCUUGCUCCUCACAGUCCCAUGAGCACCAGGAAGAAGAACAUUGCUAAGUACUCAAAAUUCCAGAGCAUGGAGUUGGAACCCACAGAGGCCGAGGACCAGGAACUCUCUGAAUUGGAUUCACUUUUCCAGGCCAGUCUGCAGGCUGGCCCGGGUCCUGGCCGAGCUCUGCGUGGUACCAGCUCACCUGCUCUUGCGAGACCAGUACCUCCGGCUGCGCGAAAGCUGCUCACUGGAGUCGGACGCUCUCGGACCCCCACAGCUGAGCUUGAGAGGACUGCUUAUGGACCACCAGGUUGUUGCAGCCCUGCUGGAUACAUGAACAUGCCUCUAUCAGUGGCCCAUCAAGAGCCUCAGUCAGGAGAGGAAGAGCAGUAUAAUGCGGAUCACCUGUGCCGUAUUGCUCGCAGCCUAAGUGGAACGGUCAUCGGGCGUCGCCAGAACCGUCUUGCCGUCUCCCGAAGCUUCGUGGCAAUGGUGCAGGAUGUUCGACAUCCUUUCCCCACAGUGGAUGUUCCAGACCACGCUCACUACACCAUCGGCUCUGUCAUUCUGGCAGUGGGCAUCACCGGCAUGGUGGGAAACUUCUUGGUCAUGUAUGCCUUCUGCAAGAGUAGGAGUCUGAGAACACCUGCCAACAUGUUCAUCAUUAAUCUGGCUCUCACUGACUUUCUAAUGUGUGUCACUCAGACACCAAUCUUCUUCACCACCAGUUUGCACAAGCGAUGGAUCUUUGGGGAAAAAGGUUGUGAGUUAUAUGCAUUCUGCGGCGCUCUGUUUGGUAUCUGCUCAAUGAUCACACUCAUGAUUAUUGCAGUAGAUCGAUACUUUGUGAUCACUCGUCCUUUGGCCUCUAUUGGCGUUAUGUCACGCAAACGAGCCCUGUUGAUACUCUCUGCUGCUUGGGCGUACUCUAUGGGCUGGAGCCUGCCUCCAUUCUUUGGAUGGAGUGCAUAUGUCCCUGAAGGUCUGCUGACGUCCUGUUCAUGGGAUUACAUGACUUUCAGUCCUUCUGUACGUGCCUACACAAUGCUGCUCUUUACUUUUGUUUUCUUCAUCCCCCUCUUUGUCAUCAUGUAUUGCUACUUCUUCAUCUUCAGGGCCAUCCGAGAUACCAACAGAGCUGUGGGAAAAAUCAAUGGAGAAGGAGGGCCCAGAGACUCUAUCAAGAAGAUGCAUCGAAUGAAAAAUGAAUGGAAGAUGGCAAAGAUAGCACUCAUAGUGAUCCUUUUGUAUGUUAUCUCCUGGUCUCCAUACUCCUGUGUGGCUCUUACUGCUUUUGCUGGGUGAGAAUCAAUAUGUCUU